AUGCGUUAUAAAAUUUUGACUUCUUGUAGAAUUGUAGGAAGGCAUGUAAAUGCCUUUCCUGAAGUCUGGAAUAUCAGCAUGAGGACUGACUUGCACGUGCAAGCACAACGUUUACUCGAAAAUCUUGAUUGCGUCCUUGUUGAUACAGAAGAAGAAAAAAAGCUUUUGGAAGGGGUCGUUAGCCGCUUUGCUAACAGCGGAGAAGGUGCUGCUUGCGUGGUAGUAGGUGAGACAGGCAGUGCCCGAACGACUUCGGUGAGAGAUGCGGUGUUGGGGUUUGACCUUGAUGCAAAGUUGCAGUUGAUUAGUCUAGCCCAUCUUGGUUCGGACAUAAACGCUUUGCAGCUGUUGGUUGACGCAACAGAUAUGAAUAAAUGCGUUUUGAUUGUGGAAGAUGCUGACGAGUUGGCCAGUCGCCAACGUCAGUCAUUGCUUUAUCUGUUGCUAGAUAUGACUAGAAGACCUAGCAGUGGUCAGUGGUUAGUAUUUCUUAUGGUGCAACAUCAGAACUUCAUAGCAUCACUCGAAAAGAGAGUUCGUUCUCGACUGUCAACUGCACGAUUGUUAUUCCAUCCAGCUUUGACAAUCGGUGAAUACCUGGGAGCUUUCAAGACCUUCUUGAGUUUUGAACAAGGAGUAGGAUGUGCAGAUUGGGAGGAUUUUGUGCACAUGCUUUUUUCUCAUCCAAAAGUUAUCAAGGAACUCAACUAUUUGUAUUCAGUCAACAACUCUUACAAAAUGUUGAAAGAACUCACCAGUGUCUUCCUUAGUCUGUACUUGGCUAAUAACAACUGUGGAGUUCCUGCUGCCGACAUAUUCGCCGAAUCCGUCGAGAUGGUAAUGCCGAGCAAACACAACCUUGAUGGCAUAAUUGGAUCUCUAUCCACAUGGACUCUAUGUGCACUACUCUGUGUUUAUCGUCGAUUGCGGCUUUGUCCGCAGUGCGCUACGGUGGGAUACCGAAAGAUUUUGCAAGACUUUCGCCGACUUGGGAACACUGUAGACAGUCGAGUUCGUGUUCCAUCUGAUUUGGCAGUUUAUAAAGAAUUGGACAGACUUGUUGACCUCGGACUACUGGAAUCGGACACGAAAGCAGAUAACAUGGUUUUUAGGCGAUGUUCGCUGAAUCUAGACGGUCAAACUCUCUGUGAAAUGCUGCAGGAAAUAAAAUUUCCAUCAGCAAUCGAUUACUGGCUUGAUACUUCGGCAGUGGAUUGACUGCUUGAUGUUUUCGUUGUCAACUCAUCUUUUCGCAUGUAUACUGAAUUUUGACUUUGCCACCGUCUUUGUUUGGUUUUCUUCGAGUCAACAUAAAGUGUAAUCGUGACAA